CCAAAACUAACUCCCCUCAUAUUGAGUCUUAUACUCUCAAUUGCUUUUUGGAGUGUGUUUGUGUGGAGAAACCAAAGAUGGCUGAUAAUUCCCAAGCUCAGAACCUCAACUACCAAGCUGGCGAGGCCAAGGCCCAUGCUCAGAUGAACAAGGACCAGAUGAUGGAUAAGGCAACCAAUGCUAUCAAUUCUGCCAAGCAAUCAUGUCAAGAGACUGGUCAGCAAAUGAAAUCCAAGGCAGAAGGAGCUACGGAAUCUGUCAAGAACGCAAUGGGCAUGAACAAAUGAAAAUUAUAAACUCUAUAAUUUUUUAUUAAUCUUUUUUUGUGCUUUAAUUGAAGAAGAGCUGAUUAUUGUUCUUGUUCCUUCAACAAUGAAGAGUGCUCCCAAAUAGAUGGAGCUGUAAGAGCGAACCUCAAUCAAUAAAAGUUUUCUAGUAGCAACAGAAUAUUAUUUUA